UUCCGUGUUUUCCCCCGGCCGGGUCACAAUGAAGAAUUGUUAGCAUUUUCAGGCCAUUUCAUAUUCUUCACAAUAACAAAACUAGAUGCCAAGAAAAAAAUAUAUUCAAAUAGUGCGUGAGAUUUUCCCGCAUAUAUAGUCUUUAAUCAGCCCGCAAGCAUGUCUCAAGACGGAUACCAACCAGCCCCCGCGGACACGAGCUUGAAUACACAUGAACCACAGAGGACCAACCCCAGGAAGACACCGAUACAAAUCCUUCAUGAAUAUGGAACAAAAAGUGGCAACCUUCCUGUGUAUCUGAUGGAGAAGGCUGAAGGAGAGGCUCACCAACCCCACUUUGUCUUCAGCGUGAAAAUCGGAGAUGUUAGCUGCACAGGUCAAGGUCCUAGUAAAAAGGCUGCUAAACACCAGGCUGCAGAGGCUGCCCUGAAUAUUCUGCAGAUAGAUGCCGGUACAGUGAACAUUCCUGUGAAGUCUGAGAGUAACGGUGUCGUAGCAGAAACAAACAACCAUCCAAACUCAGUGGGGAUACUGCAGGAGUUAGCGUUGCAGAGAGGAUGGCGUCUUCCUGAAUACACAGUUUUAAUGGAGGCUGGUCCCCCACACAAGAGAGAAUUCACUGUUACCUGUAGAAUGGAGUCCCUCUCAGAGAAGGCUGUAGGAAAUUCAAAAAAGGGAGCAAAAAAGGCAGCUGCAGAGAAAAUGGUGUCAAAACUUCAGAGUCUGUCGGGCUGUUCUGAAAUCACAUGGACGCCUAAACCAAGCGUCCGAUUUGAGAACUUAAGGAACUCAUCGGCGGAGAAUAUAUCUUUACUGAGGAGAAACCCACUGAGCAUUCCCAACACAGAUUACAUUCAGAUGAUGUUGGAGCUGUCCAAGGAGCAGGGCUUUGAGGUCACAUACUUCGACAUUGAUGAGCUGACGGUGAACGGCCAGUACCAGUGCCUGGCAGAGCUGUCCACCUCCCCGGUCACCGUGUGCCACGGCACCGGCAUUUCCUGUAGCAAUGCUCACAACGACGCAGCACACAGCGCCCUUCAGUACAUCAAGAUCAUGGCCUCCGCCAAGUAAAACCACCUGCAACAUCUGCUUCACCCGUCUUGUCACAUUUACCAGCUGAUGUUCAGUCAUGAUGAGGCUGUAGAUUGUACUCACCACUAGUCUUCCUGCCAAUGGACGCUAUAAGGUCAAGCUAUAUUUUUAUAAGUAAGUGUAUCACAAAGCAGAUCAUGAACCAUAAUAACUCUACGUACAUCGACUGGAAUCAGGCGACUUUAAAGCAGUAUUUGUGAGGUGACAAACAUUCUCAAUAUUAAGAAUCAAAUAUAAAUGAAAUGUUGUCUUCAGGUUGUUAGAAUACCAUCAUGUUUUACUUGAGUGUCUAACAUACUAUAUUUAAGCAAAUGCACAUGUGUAAAUGAGAUAGGAGAAGUGAAUUAUAAUAAACACUUGCACAUUACAUUUUUACGUUAUGAGUUGAUGCUGUAUUUAUCCUCAUUUGUUGUAAUACUUUAGUAGGAUUUGCUCCCAUUUUAAAUCGGGAUGCAGAUGUUUUUUAGGUUCCAGUUGGCUUACUUUAUCCCCCCCGUAGCAUUAUAUUGAGCUGUAUUGAGCCAAACAGACUUUUAAUUUGCUUAAGAGAUACCUGCAUUUCUCUAAAACUCUAAAUUGAAAGUGAAUUGUAAAAGAUAAUUUUUUUUGAUCUACAGAUUGGUCAAAUUAGUUUUUCCCCGCUUCCAUUUUUUCCAUCAGUCAGUAUGCAAUCUACAGUAAAACCCCUGCUGUCUGUUUCUGGUUGACACUCCAAAUAGAUAUAACAUGUUACUUCAUAUUUCCAUCCUUCUGGUCCAUUUCCAUUUGUUUGCAGUGUGCCUCAUAUUACCUUGUGAUAUAUUUAAUACGUUUACGGACUGCUUUCAUCUGCUCUAUGAACGCAUCUCUGGUGGAGAGCCGCAACAACAUGUACAAAUCCAGAAAUAAACCAC